GCCAAACUGUUACCUGUUAUUGAUUUCUAUUUGUCAACUUGAAACAAUUAGCUGAGUCUUGUGCCAAAGAACCUAACAAUUUACCUGAGUCUGUUUUAUAUUUAUUGCCAAGUUAUUUCCUUUACCCCAUGGCUAAGAAGGGGGCGACAGUCGCUCUACAAAUAGACGUAACCAACGAGGAGGAUUGGGAAAAGAUAAAAACCGAAAAGAAAGGUGUCAUCCUAAUCGAUGUCUAUACGGAAUGGUGCGGCCCCUGCGUCGGCAUGUGCGGCAAUCUCAGGAAAGUAAAACUAGAAGUCGGAGGCGAGAACAUCACCUACGUCACCGCCAAAGCGGAUGCCAUCGAAGAACUGCAGAGGUUCCGGAAAAAAAGCGAACCCACGUGGAUGUUCAUCGUAGAAGGCAGGAUGACCAACCUCAUGUUUGGACCGGAUGCGCCGCGUCUGAUGCGCAUGAUUGUGCAGGAGGUCAAGAAGGAACAGGAUGUCCAAGCAGGAUUAAAGGAGCGUGUGUCCAUGCCUAUUACUUCUAUAGCUCCCGAGGAGAAAAAACGGUUUGCAGAACUGGAAGAGUUACAUGGAGCAGCUAUACGUUUGGAGCAAGAACUGUUGAAGAAAAAACAAGAUGAGUACCGAAUGGAAGUGGCCGUGGCUGUAUCCGAAGGCUUGCCUGAUCACAGUGUACUAAUCCUCUGGCCACAUGCUCUCGAUGCUUUGUCAAACAUUAUGGACCACUGCGAAGAACUCCAAUUGCAAAUUGUAACCUUCGAAAAAGUUGUGUUAGAAAACACUGUUAUUGAUGAAUGUUUUUUUGGUGCCGAACCAUUCCAUCCAGCAGCCUUACGUGUUCUCUCCAAAGGCUUAAGCAUGAUAAUUUUGCUUCAAACUAAGGAAGAAUUCACAAUGUCGUCUAUCGAAGAAGCAUUAAUAAGUAUUAUUGAAAGUGGUUUAGGUGAUAGGUUUAUACUCGAAUAUACUGGUGAGAAAUUGGAAGAACCUCCUGAGCUCGAACUCAUGGGUGAAGGCUACGGUGAAGAAGAAACGCAACCGUAUGAAGCUAUUACUGCUGCAGCACCAGCACCUUCGGAUGUGUCCACCAGUGCACCGAGUGAUUCUGAUGUUGAUGAAGUGCUGAAGGCAUCCUAUCCCGAGAUGAUGGGUGAAUGGGGCCAAUUUGUUAAAACCAGUCCGGAUGCAUCCCAGAAACAUGCAGACAGAAUGUCCCAGGGGGAUUAUUCCAGAGACGAAAGCUACGUGGAGGAGGAAUACGCAGUCCACGAGGAAGAACCAAUUCUGAUAGCAGGUAUUUAUACACCUACUAAUAACAUUGCUAGAGGAUCCGCAUUGGCAGCUUUGUUUCCUUCGGUGGCAGCAGAAUAUAUACCUCAACCCCCUUCAUCAAUACCGCCGCACGUUGCUAUUAUAUUCGACGCUUUCAAAAAGAAAGACGUCAUGGACAUGGUUAAGGAAAACGUUGCUUACAUCAUGAACAUGGGAGUCUUCACCUCCGCGAAUCCAAGCACAGCAGAACUCAUAGCUAAAUCAAUUAAAGAAUACGAACAACAAAGACCACAACCUGGUCAAAAAAUAGUCGUCAUGGUCAUGAAGAAACCAAGUGCUGGCCUACUAUCUCUAGCUCAACUCGGUCCUGUCUACGUAAGUCCUAAUGCUGAAAUUGGAGAAGUCGAGUGCAAAAAAUUCUUCCCGCCUGGAUACUCCGAAGGACCUUUCACAUUGGAAGAAGAUGUAGAGAAGGAAGUUGUGGAAGAGACCAAGACAAAGAAAAAGAAGAAACAGAAGAAGACUGAAGAGAAAGUCGAGGAGAAAGUUGAAGAAGCUGCUGGAGAAGAACCGAAGGAAGGUGAGACGAAGCCAGCUGAAGGUGGUGAAGGUGGUGAGCAGCCUGCCGAAGGGGCUGCCGAAGGGACUGCCGUACAGGGGGAGGAGAAACCAGCCACUGAAAAUGAAGCUAUUACUGCUGCACCCGAGGAAGCCCCUGCCUAAAAAAAAUAAUACUUACAUUGUAAGAAUUAUUAAUUGAAAUUAUUAUUAAUAAAUCAUAUUUUAGUCAAAAUAUUUCAU